AUGCCCCUCGGCCGCCCCCGCGCCCCCGGCACCGAAGCCGAGCGCGCCGAGGCCCGCCGCGCCAAAGUACGCGCCAAUGUGCAGGCCUUCCGGCGACGGCAGAAGGAGAAGAAGCUGGCGGAGGCGGCCGCACUUGCCGUCGACAGUAGAGAGACCUGCGAAGAAGGAGGCGCGCCACAACGGGUCGGGGUGGCGAUCUGUCGGGAUGGGUUCCUCGACGCCGGUACCAAUAACGGGUCUUCGACUUCUGCGGCCGACUCCUCGAGCGUCAUCAGCGCGAGGUCGAGCCCGGGAUUGAGCAUGGCGGGCUCGUGGCAGAGUAUGAGUUUUCCGGAGCAGGACUAUGCGGACCCGGAUGGGUGGAUGUGGGCGCUGCCGCGGGAUCUGAGUGGAAAUGCAGCGUAUCAGGAGGUGUUUACCAAUGCGGCGGCGGCGAUGCAGCAAGAGGGAGCGUGGCGAACAGCAGAGAAUAGAAGUCGGAGCAGCAGCAACAAGAGAGAGUCUGCCGGCCUGUACGAGCCCUUCCGUGCCUUUGCAGGAUGUGGCUCUGGCUGGUUCCACGCUCUGAUGAUGGAGACUGUGGACCCCGGGUUGGAGAUUCUGAACGAUGCGUGUCUUGCAUCGGCGCUGACCGUCAUCGGCCGCGAACGCGGGAACCAGGAGGUAGGCGUGGCCGGGGCUUACGUGCAGAGUCGAGCAUUGCGGCAGUUACGAGAAGCGCUGCAGGCCUGGGGCGAAGGUGUCUCGUUGUGCGCGGUGAGCUUGUCGACAGCUGCGCUCUCGUGUGCGAUGACGGAGCUGGUGACUGGCCGGAGCUGGGACAGCUUUGCCGGGCAUCUGAACGGCGUGGGGUCGCUGUUGGCAUACCACGACCCAGCGAGUCUGAGGACACAGGCUGCGAGAGAGCUCUUCUACGGGUUUCGAUCGAUGGAGGCAGCGUUUGCGUUCAACUACGGGCGCAGUCUGUUCUUGGCGGAGUCGAGGUGGGUUGACUUAGCGUGGAGGGAUGAGGUUGCCAUCUCGCAGCAUCCCCUGCACGCCAUGCUCGACAAGGCAUUCAGGUUACUGCCGGAGCUUGCCCAGCAACACAGCCCCCGCCGUCUGAAGGCAUCUGAGCUCCGUAGCCGAGUCCAGCGGCUCCGCAGCAUAGCCUUCGAUCUGGAUACCUGGGAGCAUGAGUUUCGAGCGCAGUAUCCUGGCGGCCUACACAGCAAGAAGGAGGCGGAGUGGGCGGGAUUGUAUGACUUUGCCUUUGAGUUUGCAUCGUUGCCAUCAGCGACCGCGUAUGCGACGUAUGCCGGUGUACGAAUCAAGCUGGCUAGCACCAUGUACACGACGCUGUGUGAUCUGGCAACGCAUGAUUACAGCGUGACGGAAGCGCAGAAGACUGAUUCGUUAUUGCAAGGGCUGAGGUGGUCGAGACAGGCAUUUCAGAGUCUGGAGUAUUUCCACACAGGGUCAAUCAAGGAGUGCGGGUGGCUGGCGACGCUGUUUGCGUUUGAUGCCGCGUGGGAAUAUGUGCAGCGGCCGCAGUUGACGGGGCAUGUCGAUCUGACCGCGGAGCAUGAGUGGUGCAUUGCAACGGCGCAAAGGUUUGCGACCCUAGAGAUUCCGGUGUUUGCAUGGAGAUGA